GAUAUGGAAAUGACUGUGUGUGCCUACGCGUGCAGACCCUCCUGGCCCCUCGGGUAAAGGAACCGACCGUGUGUGCCUACGCGUGCAGACCCUCCUGGCCCCUCGGGUAAAGGAACCGACCGUGUGUGCCUGCGCGUGCAGUCCCUCCUGGCCCCUCGGGUAAAGGAACCGACCGUGUGUGCCUGCGCGUGCAGUCCCUCCUGGCCCCUCGGGUAAAGGAACCGACCGUGUGUGCCUGCGCGUGCAGUCCCUCCUGGCCCCUCGGGUAAAGGAACCGACCGUGUGUGCCUGCGCGUGCAGACCCUCCUGGCCCCUCGGGUAAAGGAACCGACCGUGUGUGCCUGCGCGUGCAGACCCUCCUGGCCCCUCGGGUAAAGGAACCGACCGUGUGUGCCUGCGCGUGCAGUCCCUCCUGGCCCCUCGGGUAAAGGAACCGACCGUGUGUGCCUGCGCGUGCAGACCCUCCUGGCCCCUCGGGUAAAGGAACCGACCGUGUGUGCCUGCGCGUGCAGUCCCUCCUGGCCCCUCGGGUAAAGGAACCGACCGUGUGUGCCUGCGCGUGCAGACCCUCCUGGCCCCUCGGGUAAAGGAACCGACCGUGUGUGCCUGCGCGUGCAGACCCUCCUGGCCCCUCGGGUAAAGGAACCGACCGUGUGUGCCUGCGCGUGCAGACCCUCCUGGCCCCUCGGGUAAAGGAACCGACCGUGUGUGCCUGCGCGUGCAGUCCCUCCUGGCCCCUCGGGUAAAGGAACCGACCGUGUGUGUGCCUGCGCGUGCAGACCCUCCUGGCCCCUCGGGUAAAGGAACCGACCGUGUGUGCCUGCGCGUGCAGUCCCUCCUGGCCCCUCGGGUAAAGGAACCGACCGUGUGUGCCUGCGCGUGCAGACCCUCCUGGCCCCUCGGGUAAAGGAACCGACCGUGUGUGCCUGCGCGUGCAGACCCUCCUGGCCCCUCGGGUAAAGGAACCGACCGUGUGUGCCUGCGCGUGCAGACCCUCCUGGCCCCGCAGGUAAAGUGUCUCGUCCACCCCCUCUGCCAUCACUGUACCUCACGUGGCCUCCACCAUAGCACAUCAUGUCUGCCAUUGCGUGUGUGCCCAUUACAUGGCGAGAUCCUUGAAGACAGAGACUCAUUCCCCGUCUGCCUCCCACCACCUUGAACACUCCCAACUCCUAACGUGCCAACGCGGGUUUAAUUUGCCGAAUUAAAUCUUCAGUUCUGCUGAGUACAUUCCUCGGCUACAAAGCUAAUGGUUCCAAAACAAAAUGAUCAAGUAUUUGAAUCCUUGAGCAUCAACACUGCCUUUUAAAAUACAGAAAAGUCUAAACUAGUCCAGCUGAAACAUCUGUGAGCUUCAGUUCCAAUGAGGGAGUCCAGGGAGUUAGAAACUGGAAGAGCACCUUUUUUCAGGUGGCCGGGAAGAUGGCGGACAUUCAGACUGAGAGUGCCUACCAAAAGCAGCCGACCAUCUUUCAAAACAAGAAGAGGGUCCUGCUGGGAGAAACUGGCAAGGAGAAGCUCCUGCAGUACUACAAGAACAUUGGUCUGGGCUUCAAGACACCCAAAGAGGCUACUGAGGGCACCUACAUUGACAAGAAAUGCCCCUUCACUGGUAAUGUCUCCAUUCGAGGGCGGAUCCUCUCUGGCGUGGUGACCAAGAUGAAGAUGCAGAGGACCACUGUCAUCCGCCGAGACCACCUGCACUACAUCCGCAAGUACAACCGCUUCGAGAAGCACCACAAGAACAUGUCUGUACACCUGUUCCCCUGCUUCAGGGACGCCCAGAUUGGUGACAUCGUCACAGUGGGUGAGUGCCGGCCUUGCCGGCCUCUGAGCAAGACAAUGCGCUUCAACGUGCUCCAGGUCAUCAAGGCUGCCGGCACCAAGAAGCAGUUCCAGAAGUUCUGAGGCUGGACAUCGGCCCGCUCCCCACAAUGAAAUAAAGUUAUUUUCUCAU